AUGUCGGCCAAGAAUGAAAAUAUAGAUAGAGCCAAAGAGCUUGCUGAGGAAUUUAAGAGACAGGGGUUUCUUGACAAGUUAAAACAUGACAUCCUUUCUCAAAAUUGGAAUAAAGAUGAAAGUACGGACAACACGAUAGAGGCCGUAAACCUACAGGAGGCUAUACGAAAUAAGGUCAUGGCUACAGUUAAUGAAAUGGUUAAAAAUGAUGAAAAUUUAAUUUUCAAGAAUCGGGGGACCACAAGUGCUCUUAUUGAAGCACAGUUAUUUAAGGAUAAAUAUAAAAAACUUGCCGAGGGAGAUGAUGGUGUGCCGCUGGAUAAGUACAUUCAAAUGACUUUAAGUGAUCCAAAGUUGGAAGAGGGAAUAAAAAGGAAUCUAGCGACAAUUGCCGCAGAUGAGGAUGAUCUUUAG